AUGUCGGCUGUCGGUAAUUCUGCCACUUCUCCUCUCCCUUCUGCACAUGAUGUAGAAGUAGAUGCAGAGCCUGGCGAGGAAGUGCCUCGACAUGAUGAUGAGGAUGAGAUUCUAUUCCCUAAACUGGUAGAUAGAGUCAGUCAACAGGCAGUGGAAGAUGAAUAUGCAGAGGAGCCUAGUAGCCGUGCUAGAUUUGAUGACACUGACGAUGAAGAGAGGGAGGAGAACAUCGACUCCUUAGUUUUACAAGAAUAUGAUGGUGAGGACAUGCCAACAAUUGAGUGGAACAGGAAGAAUCCUGACCUUACUCCAGGAACCGUGGAGGUUGCAUGCAUCCACUAUGCGAAAGAGCAAAUUGAUUCAGAUGCAAUCUUGGAUCUGGUGAGGGAAACACCAACAAUUGUUCCAACAGCACUCCAUGGGAAGCUAUUUGAGAAGUACAAGAUUAAUGUACAGUACAUGAAGAUUUUCUAUGCUAAGGAAAGGGCUCUUGAUAGGAUUAAUGGCCCAUGGAAUGAGAGUUUUCAGUUGCUUUACACCUUCAAAGCUGAAGUGGAGACGGCUAGUCCAGGGAGUGUUGUAGAGAUUGACAAGCAUAUAGUUAAGUACAAAUUACAAGGGAAGGCAAUGGAGAAGGAGUGCUUCAGGAGGGCUUUUGUUUGUUUCAAGGCUUGCUGGCAGGGGUUUCUGAAUGGUUGUAGGCCCUAUUUGGCUGUCGAUGCAACUGCUUUGAAUGGAAGAUGGAGAGGCCAGCUAGCAGCAGCUUCUGCAGUUGAUGGACACAACUGGCUAUUCCCAGUUGCAUUUGGUGUGUUGGAGGUAGAGUGUGAGGAGAGUUGGGUCUGGUUUCUGCAGCAGUUGCGCAACAUUAUAGGUACACCCUCAGGUUUAGUUAUACACACAGAUGCUUGCAAGGGUUUAGAAACUGCAGUAGAAAUUGUAUUCCCUGGAGUGGAACAUAGGGAAUGUAUGCGACACCUAGCGCAGAAUUUUAAAAAGAAAUUCAAAGGCAAAGUUUAUGAUGAGAAUCUAUGGCCAGCAUCAUACACAUGCAGCUUGAGGAAGCAUGAGCACCAUUUGAGAGUGUUGUAUGCUCAUAAUACUUUGGUGAAGGAGUACAUGGAUGAACAUCAUGCAAAACUGUGGUCAAGAAGCAAGUUCAAUGAAAUCUGUAAAGUAGACUAUCUGACCAAUAACCUCGCUGAGUGUUUCAAUGCAAAGUUCAAGUCAGUGAAAGGGCUUUUGUUGUGGCAAGCAUUUGAUAAGAUCAGGCAGAUGAUCAUGGUAAAGAUGGCUUUUCGAAAAAGAAUUGCAGAAACACAAUAUGUUGGCCAUCUUAUGCUCCCAUCUCAGAUUAAGGCAUUGCAUGCCAAGGCAAGAGGACUAAGGAUGAAAUGCAUUCGACCGUCGACAUACAAGGCUGAGGUGACAUACACUGACAGUAAAAAUAGGGAAUGGAGAUAUCCAAUGAACCUUGCAACCAAUGAAUGCUGUAGUAGGCAAUGGCAGAUCCGUGGGAAGCCGUGCAUACAUGCCCUACAUCUCAUGACUGUUAUUGGACGUGAAGAUGGUGAAGUUGAUAAGUAUUGCUCUGAAUAUUUCUCUGUUGCCAAAUUUAGGGUUGCUUAUGCUGAAAAUGUGCCUGCACUCUUGGGAAAAGACCAAUGGAACAUAGUAGACCCAGGGUUCAAACUCCAUUCUCCUCAUCUCCUGUACUGA